UUGACCCUCGGAUUCGCCUUCGGGUGUUUCAGUUCUCGGCUCUCGCCCGUGGCUUCUGUCGUUCUAUUUCACUGCGUGUGUAUCUGCCACGGGUAAUCUGUGACAACUUGAUAUAAUCCAUCGUUGGCAGUGAAAAGUGAUAGUAAGGUGCGCUAUCAAGUCCUCCAUUCUUCACCGAUAAUUUUAACUCAAUCAAUGCACCAGGAGUCAUCGAGUUGGACCAACGAAAAAGAAGAAAGUACUACGAAAAGAAAAGAUCAAAAAAAGUCAACGGCGUGUAGUGACUCGUUCCGAUUGUUUUCCACAUAUGUGUGAGAGUGUUUUUUGAGUGUGUGAAGCAAUAGAGAAACAUAGAAGCCUCGCACGAACAACGGGACUGAAGAGACUCCGGGCGCGGUUCAACGUCGAGGAAUACCUUCAAACAAUCAUCUAUCACUCCCUAUUAUGUACUAAAAAAUGGUCUGAUUGACUCAUCAUGACCGUGGAUUUUGCUGAUUAUUUUUGGGGUGAAAAGAAUAAUGGAUUUGACGUACUGUACCAUAAUAUGAAACAUGGAGUGGUGGCGAGCAAGGAAUUGGCAGAAUUUCUCCGGGAGAGAUCGACCAUUGAGGAGAAUAACUACAAAUUGCUGAGCAAAGUUGCUAAACAAGCGAGCAACAGUAGCAGCACCCAGGGCACAUUUGCACCAGUAUGGGCAGCAUUGCGUGGAGCUGCUGAAAAACUCGCUGGUCUUCAUCUCCAAAUGGCCCAGCGAGUCUCUGAAAUUAUCAAAGAUGUGUCGAAAUACGCUGACGAGCUUCACAAGAGGCACAAGGCUGUGAAAGAGGAGGAAUCCUCGACUCUCGAAGUUGUACAGAAUAUUCAGAGUAUUACUGUGACACUGCAGAAAGCCAAGGACAUGUGCAUGCAGAAGGCACUGGAGUUGGAGAAGCUUAGAAAGGACAAUGCCAGUCAGCGAGAGUUGGAAAAGGCUGAGGCCAAGUUCAAAAAGACUCAGGAUGAUUAUAAAGCACUUGUAGAUAAAUACACUGAUGUUAGAAAUGAUUUUGAGACUAAAAUGACAGCUGCAUGUAGGAGAUUUCAAGAUGUGGAGGAGACCCACCUGAGGCACAUGAAGGAGUUUCUCAACACCUACGCCGACGCUCUCCAGGCGAAUCACGAACAGGUUGGACAGGUUCACAUUGACUUCAAACGCCAGUGCCUGGAUAUGACUGUGGAAAAGCUGCUGGAGCAAUUUGUGCAGUCGAAGUACACGGGUUUCGGACGGCCAGGUAAUCGUCGUGACUUUAUUAACGACACUACGAAAGCCACUGAUGUACCUAAUACGCCAGGCGUGAUCGAGUACGACGAGGUGAUGACCAGUCUAGCUGAGAUUGCCAGUCAAACUCACCAGGUGGAGGCUCCCACUGAUACAGCCAAGGAUACAGCGACCAAAGGAACUAAUGGAGAAACAGGCGUUGCUGGGUUUCUUCGCAGUAGACGAGAGAAGAGAAAGGAGAAAAAGGCGAAGAAGAAGAAGGACUCCGUGGAUACAAGCAGUAACAAGGAAGAAAAGUCUGACCUAGAAGAAAAGGACGAGAGUCGAAAAUCUGAAACACCAACGCCUGAAGUGGACGAGGAUGGUUUUUGCAUCAGACCCAAGCCCGAUCCAUGGGAGAACGAGAAGGGUUUUUACUCGAGUUCGGACACUGAAUCGGAGGACGAGAGGGAAAGAAAAAUACGGGUUGAAAUAAAGCCAUUGAGCAAUGGUGGUGCACCCAUGAGUGCGAGUGUCGACGAGUUGAGAGCAACUGUUGAGAAUCUCUCGUUGUCACCAGCACCCACGGGUCGCAGGGGUUCGAAUACCGACUCGGAUCAUCUGAUGAAGAGAUCCCAGUCGGUUUCCCAACAGCUGGGUAAACCAAGCUCAGAUUUACUUGGAUUAAAUUUAUUCAAUCCAAGUAGUACACCAUCGAGUGCCUCAACGCCAACAGCCAGUCAUCCCUAUGCACCACUGCAGAGUCCACCACCCAUGUCAUCGUCACCAGUGCCACAGAGUGCACCACCACAGUUGACCAGUACAAACACGAAAUUUCCAGAGGGUGAUUUAUUCUCGGAGAUUGGUGAUAUUACUCCUGCGUUGCCACCGAAGCAAUCAGCAUCCUCAACACCUACAGGAUCGAUUGCUAUUCCUAGGCCUUCAUCACGACGCAGUGAAGGUCCAACUCGAGGUCGAGCAUCACCAGCCACUAUUUCCAGGGCUGACAGUGUCGCUAGUUUAGAAUUUCGCACUGCUGGAGUCGGUGUUGGAUCCUCCAGGGGCCCAUCACCCCUUACUAUCGGACUCGCUGAUACAAUUCCUCUUGCAGUGGCAUUCCAUGAGAUUGUACACUCGUAUUUUAGGGGAACCGAUGAGAAUCGUUGUCAGGUCAAACUCAGUGGCGACAUGAUGCUAUCCUUUCCUGCUGGAAUCGUCACUGUCUUGGCUAAUAAUCCCAGUCCUGCAAAACUUUUAUUCAGGAUCAGGAACAGUAAUCGACUUGAGAGAUUGCUACCUAAUGGUCAACUCGUUAACAUCGACGCCACUCAGACCACAUCAGACUGUACAAUAUUUGAGUUUAAUAUGAGUGCCUUAACCACAUUGCUACGUCGUCAGGCAGAGCAGAACCCCUCAGCCUCGUACUUCAAUGUGGACAUUCUCAAGUAUCAAAUUAAGAAUAAAGAAGGUGCAGGCUCAUGUCCAUUUCAACUGGUGGCGUACUGGAAGUGUGAGUCAACCCACACGGAUCUCAAGAUCGACUACAAGUACAACAGUCGUGCAAUGGCAUCCCCAAGUCCUCUGCUAAACCUCCACGUGGCAGCCCCCAUCGACGGUGGCUUCAAGACCCUUCACAGUAAACCCUCAGCCCAGUGGCUGCCAGACACAAACAGACUACUUUGGAAAUUCACAGAGUUGUCUCAGCACAGUGAGAGUAGCGGGGUUGGUUCAUUGAAAGCACGAAUUGAGCUUGAUCGUGGCCCAGGAUCUCAAGGGACUAUCGUAACUCAGUUCAAUUGCGAGGGAACGACCCUCUCGGGUGUUGAGUUCGAACUCGUUGGUGCUGGAUAUAGACUAAGCCUCGUAAAACGCCGAUUCGUAUCCGGCAAAUAUAUUUGCGAUGGCGACAGCGAUCCAAGAACUCGUUAUGCAGCUCCACCCUCUAGCACAGAUUGACGAUUGCCCGAGUGGUCACCAAAAUGGGAAACACAGUCCACUUGAUCUUCAUUGAUUUUCCAACCCUCACUGCCGAUGCCUUAGAUAAUUCAAUGGACAUUGCGGCCAAUGUGAAUUUCAAUUGCACAUAUGAAAUUGAGGAAAGAACACUAUGAGUUAUCAGAUUCAAAGGCUAUUCUUGAAAAUUAUCACAUACCAAAGUUUCAUGCAUGCAAGAAGGAAGAAUUAGUAAUUGCAAAAUUAUGGCCUCUUUAUUAUUCAGUAUAUUUGAAAAUCGUGAAAAUUCUUCCUUCAAUAUUUUGUUACUUGGAAAACUCAUAGUUAUCUGCCCUUAAAGGCUGUUGGAUACCAAAGAGAUAUAUGGCCGUUGUGGAUAUUGGAUGAUAUUAUUUUUAUCGAUUUUAUGUGAGGAGCGAUGUGCGAACACCAAAGGCUUUCUAGAGGAUAGAAAUGCGCGAACAAAACUCAAGAGAAUUAGAUUUAUUUUCCGUUUGUACAUAAACACCCCUUCGGAUUAGAAAGUUUUUAUAACUUUACGAUGUUUUUGUAUUAAUUCAACGAUUUGCUAGGUAAUGAUUAUGAUAAAUUUUGAUUAUCUUCAGUUAGACGUAAGUUGUGCUAGGGGAUAGGAGAUAUUUCAGUGGAAAAUAUUAGAAAUGAAUUUUUCACUUGUUGGUUCUUUGGUGUCCAACACACCUUUGCCUUUAGCCAGAAUAAUUCGCCAUUUUCUAUUGUUCUCGAUGAUUACAUUAUUAGUUCAUGUUUCAUCUGUUAAAAUGCUUAUUCAUUCAUGAUAACUAUUAAUAUACUCGUUACAUUGUUCCACAUUGUUAGUUAUUUAUGUAAAUGAAGAAGAUUAUUUCAAAAUUCAAUUAUUCACAUCUUUAUGGCUUUUGAAUCCGUCAAUAAUGUUAUAAUUAUCUUUACUCCAAGUAUUUUUUUUUCUUUUUGUCAUAUGCAAA